AUGGAGAACAGCGUGUAUCUGGGUAACGCAUGCCAUAGCGGCCUCUUGUCAGCUCUGGUGCGUCCCACUCUUCCCGCAGUCCAACCCUCUAUGGCCAUGAAGCAGUUCCUGCCGUUCCACCCCCUGGACGGGGGCUCCGCGGUCAGCCUCUUCCCCGCCUUCAGCUCGAUGGACCCAAUUCAGAAAGCUGUGGUACAUCACACGUUUGGGGCGCCGACAUCGUCUAAAAGGAAAUACGCUUCAUGUAGCGUGUGCCAACUGAGGUUUAACUCACAGAGCCAAGCCUUGGCCCACUACAAAGGCACCAAACACGCCAAGAGGCUUAAAUCCCUGGACGCCCCAAAAUGCAAGCAGAAAACCACGGUGAUCACCAGAGAAACGGCCAACAAGGAACCCUCAAAGAGCUUCUCUACCUUAGCACUGUCCAACAACACUGAUAGAAAAGCUGGUAAUCCUGGUGUGGUCCUUACGCCAACGUCCCCCUCCGUCUCACCAGAACCCCCACCCGGAUUCAGCGGUGGUGUGGGGGCGGAGCCUACCUCAGUGUCGGGGCUGGACGAGGGCCCGUCGCUUGCGCCCAAACCCGCGCCGCCUGCGGAACCUGAGGCGGGAACGGAACCCGAGGCCGAGACGGAGGAGGAGAAAGCCAGACGGUUACUCUACUGCUCCCUCUGCAAGGUGGCGGUGAACUCCGCCUCCCAGCUAGAGGCACACAACAGCGGCACUAAACAUAAGACCAUGCUGGAAGCCAGGAGUGGGAAUGGAUCCAUCAAGUCUUUCCCCAGGCCGGGAGUCAAGAGUAAACUGACCAUCCCAAACAAGUCCUGCACCGGCCUGCAGAACAAGACGUUCCACUGUGAGACCUGCGACGUGCACGUCAACUCCGAGACGCAGCUCAAACAGCACAUCAGCAGUCGACGGCAUAAAGACAGGGCGGCGGGGAAGCCAGCCAAGCCCAAAUACAGCCCCUACACCAAACCCCAGAGAGGGCAGACCAAACAGUCGCAGGUGAAGUUGGCGCUGGGUAAGGACCUGUGCCAGCCGCUCACAGCCAGGAUGGUGCCCUCUCCACUGGCAGCUGUUGCCGCGGCAGCCGCGGCAGCUGCGAGCUCUGCCUUCCCGCUGCGCUCCAGCCAUAGCCCCUCCCUCUUCCAGACGCAGUCCCUCCCCGCUGCGCUGCUUCGCCCCGCCCCCGGACCUAUAAGGACCGCCCACGCUCCACUGCUGUUUGCCCCUUACUGA